AUGAGAGUCCUCGAGCUAUUCCUUGCGGCCAGUGCUUUGUGCACCUCGGUCUUCAGCGCUGCUCUCGACGACUUCGAAAGCCGCCCCGUCUUCAUCCCCGAGUGGGAGGUUGAAGUAACCCCCGGCGGCGACAAAGUCCGCCUCAACGGCACUAUUCAGGAAGUCCACCAGGAGCUCCUCUCUCUCAAUCCCAACUGGGACAAGGACUUUGGCCUCGGCGACAAGGUGGAAGCUCCUUCGGAUGAGACACACGGCCAACUCGCCAAGCGCACCGACUUCUCAAACUCGAAAUACUUUUGCGGCGGCCGCUGGGAGUAUUGCAAUGGAGGUGCCAUUGCCGAGGGACGUGCUUACCUCUACCGUGUUCCGGGAAGACCGACCAACGGCGCGGGACCCGGUGCCUGUGGUCGAGUGAGCUGCUCAUAUAAUGCGGCUAUUUGGUGGUGCAAUGAUGUAUGA